AUGUGUAAAAAUCCUGGCGGAAGCAGACAUAAGGGAAGGAAAGAAAAACGGGGAUGUGCAAGGCUUCAGAAUAAAGAUAAAAUCAAUUCUAUAGGGCUUAAUAAGAAUAGAAACCAAUACAGGCAAAAUAAUAUAAACUUAUUAAGAGGAGGGAAAAAAACUUGCAAUGGUGGUGGUCGAGCCGUGGGGUUCUGUCUGUGCAAGGCUCAGAAUAAAUUACCACUCUCGCCCGUAAAUCAAUUAUUAUGUAUUAUAUUAUUGGUAUGGCUGGCUAAUGUGCAGUUACAGGAAGCGAUUCUCACUAACACAUUUCCUAACAUUCGUAAGCCCAUCCCCUUUUUGAGUAUUUUAUUCAAGUCGCCAUUUUGUCUCAUCAAGAAUUUUUUCUAA